GGCGGGCCAUCGCAGACGGCUGAACCUCAAUCGGAUGUCGAAUCUGCAUUAAGAGUUACAUAACUUAUAACCUAGACAAGACAGGAUAGGACACUACUGGAAUACGGAAUCGGAACGCUCGCGGAACCCACCUCCGCUGGGACGCGCUCGCCCGGGCGCAGUCCCGUCCCCUCAUUUCACGCCGCGUAUUUAUCCCCCUCACCCACCCAACCUAACCAAGAACGCACACUCAGGAUCCCGAUACCCUCGCACCCACCCACUGACCCCCAUGCCCCCCCUGCUCUCCUUUCGCGGUCUCGUUUUCGCUCUUGGCUCAGGUUACGCGCCCACGGAACUCUUGCUUCACUUCCGCCGCCGCUUGUUGGAUCACUCACUCACUCUCAUCCACUCACAUACCCCUUACGCAUCCCCGCUAAUCACCGUGUACCCUUCGCAUUUGCAUUCGCGGUAUGCUUGUUUCUCCUUCGGAUAUUGCAUGCCGUGUGUAAUUAAUACCCACCCCUGCAUUAUACAUCUUCGCCUGCUGGCUUGCUUGCUUCGGAAUCUGGAUGUUCAGUUUUUGCGUGUACUUACGAUGAUUGUCCACGACGGGGAUCCCCAGCGUCGCCAAAAUGUGUACUUACAACAAUGAGAGGUUAUACAUACAAAGAACGAUGCUUGCGUGAAUGCGUCG